CGGUGGCUCUCGAUUAAGCCGUGGUGACUUUUCAAACUUAAAAAAAAAAAGACAUCAUGAAAGUUCUUUUGCAAAUAGACGUGUAUACGGAAUCUCAACUAAAAGAGAUUGAAUAGUUACUACAAAAGUUUGACUCGAUGAAUUGGAAUAUAAAAUCGGGAUUAGAUGAAGGAACCUGGAUACUAUUCCCCAAGAAGAAAUUCAUUAGUUUGGAACUAGUGGAUUCCUUUGCAUCAGAUACUAAGAUGAAAGAAUCACCGAUAGAUAGCGAAUGUGACAAAGCAGUGGCACCACAACUGGGGCAGCUGGAUGAAAUUAAGACAGAACCUGACAAUGCACAGGAGUAUUGUCAAGCCCAGCAGCCCAAAACUCAGGAGAAUGAACUGAAAAUAAACACUACAUUUUCAGACAGUGCUCCACAGUUGACUACAAGCAUUCAGCUUUCUCUGACAUCAUCUGGCAUGAAUAAAAUGCUUCCUUCAGUUUCAACCACAGCUAUUCAGGUUUCCUGUUCUGGUUGUAAAAAAAUUCUUCAGAAGGGGCAAACUGCUUAUCAGAGGAAGGGGUCUACUCAGCUAUUCUGCUCCACGUUUUGCAUCACCGAAUACAUUUCAUCUGCCAGUUCACCAGCUCUUCCCAAGAAAACUUGUUCAAACUGCUCAAAAGACAUUUUAAAUCUAAAGGAUGUGAUCAGUGUCCAGCUGGAUGACUCUAGCAAAAAUUUUUGCAGCCAGUCUUGUCUCUCAUCAUAUGAAGAAAAAAGAAAAGCAUUUGUUGCCAUAUGUACUAAUAACAUUUUAACCAAGUGCAGCAUGUGUCAGAAGACUACUGUUAUUCAGUAUGAAGUAAAAUAUCAGAAUGUGAAACACUGUCUUUGUAGUAAUGCCUGUUCUUCACUCUCACUUGAACAGCCUCCUGUGAUCUGUUGUGAGAACUUAGGGCUUACGAUCACACUGUCUAGUCUGUUGCAUAUACUUCCAAUGAAAGGCCAGUCCCAUUACUUUAUUAGUUCAAAGGGUAUGACAGCAUAUAAGCAGAAACCAGCCAAAACACUUACAUCUGUUCUUUGCAAAUCAUUGAAGCCCUCAGAUGAAAUGAUUGAGACCACCAAUGACUUGGGGAAGACAGACCUUUUCUGUUCUAUUAAUUGUUUCUCUGCUUACAAUAAAGCUAAGAUGGAAUCUUCUACAGUAAAUGUUUCCAUGGUACAUGAUGCUUCAACAGGGCUCUUUUCUCCAAAGAAAGAUACAACUCCAAUUAUAAGCAAUAUAGUGUCACUGGCAGAUACUCAUGUCUCCCUACCCAUCAUGAACUCUGAUGUCUCACAAGAUACAGUUUCUUCAGUAACAGCAAAUGUCAUUGUAGAUAGUUUACCCAGUGAAUCAAGUACUGGUGUUGCUAAUAAUAAUGUUGAACAGCCAAGCCUUUCACCAUCUUCAUCAAUAUCCAGUCAGAAUGCAGUUGGCUCCAGUGUAGAAGUACAGAAAGAUCAAGUGUCAAACCAAGAUGCUACAUACAAUAUGAAAUCUGUGAAAAUAAGUGAUGGACUAUGUCAUCCAAAAUUUACAUCCAAAGUACUAAAAGUUAAAGAUAAAUCACGAAGUAUUAAGAAAUCUUGGUGUUCAAAUUUCCAGCAUUUGAAAAGCAGUAUUAAAAAGGAUGUGACAUUCUGUUACUCAUGCCAGUUGUUCUGCCAAAAAAAUUUUAGUUGUGGAGGAGAAUCAUUAGCAGCCCAAGGAAUUUCUAAUUGGAAAAAGACUCUGGAAAAAUUCAGAAAGCAUGAAAAAAGUGAAAUGCAUUUGAAGUCACUGCAGUUUUGGAGGGAAUCCCAGUUUUGUGAUGAAGCUGUCAAUGAUAAUUUAUCUAUUCAUUCAAAACAGAUGGAAGGAAAUAAAAAGUACCUAAAGCUUAUAAUUGAAAAUAUUUUAUUUCUUGGGAAGCAGAGUUUAUCAUUAAAGGGAAAUGAUCAGUCGAUUUCAACUGUGAAUAAAGGCAAUUUUUUAGAACUGUUAGAAAUCAGAGCAAAAGAUAAAGGAGAGGAAGUAUUCCGACUUCUGAAUUCACAAGUUGACUUCUAUAAUAGUACACAAAUUCAAAAUGAUAUUAUUGAAAUAAUAAAGACUGAAAUACUGCAAGAUAUUGUGAAUGAAAUCAAUGUCUCCCCAGCUUUUUCAAUAAUAUGUGAUGAGACACCUGAUAGUGCCACUAAAGAACAGCUUUCCAUUUGUGUAAGAUACCCACAAAAAAUGUCAAAGGCUGUCUUAAUAAAAGAAAGAUUCUUGGGUUUCAUAGAUGUUGAAGAGAUGACUGGGACUAACUUACAUAGAACUAUCAAAACUUACCUGCAGCAAAUUGGAGUUGAUUUGAGUAAAAUAUGCGGCCAGGCCUAUGAUAGUACCAUGAAUUUGAGGGGAAAAUUUAAUAAAGUUGCAGCAGAAUUCAAGAAAGAAGAGCCAAGAGCUUUGUACAUACAUUGUUAUGCCCAUUUUUUGGAUUUAGCAGUAAUUAGGUUUUGUAAAGAAGUCAAAGAACUCCGAAUUACUCUAAAUACUCUCAGCUCUUUGUUCAACACUAUUCAUAUGUCUGGGGAAAUGUCUGCACAUUUUCAAAAUAUUUGUAAACUAAGUCAAAACAAAACAUGCAAGAAACAUACAUCACAAUCAUGUUGGACAGCCCAUGAUCGUAUGUUACUAUCAGUGAUUGAGGGUCUUCCAGAGAUUAUUGAAACACUGGAAUUUGUAGCAAGCCAUUCUUCAAAUACAAGUUUGGCUGAUGAAUUGAGUGAUUUGUUAACAUUGGUUUCCAAAUUUGAAUUUAUCUUUUGUUUGAAAUUUCUUUAUCGAGUGUUAAGUGUUACAGGAAUUCUUUCCAAAGAGCUUCAGAGUGAAACCAUAGAUAUUUUUUCAUUGUCUUCAAAAAUAGAAGCAAUUUUGGAAUGUUUAUCAUCUGAAAGAAAUGACAUCUAUUUCAAAACUAUCUGGGAUGGAACAGAGGAAAUAUGUCAAAAAAUAACCAGUAAAAGUUUUGAAGUUGAAAGACCUUCUUUUCAGAAAAGAAGAAAAAUUCAGAAAACAAUAGAUCUUGGCAAUUCAGAUAGUACUUUUUUUCCUAUCUCAACAGAAGAACAAUAUAAAAUUAAUAUUUAUUACCAAGGAUUGGACACUAUAUUAAAUAAUUUAAAAUUAUGUUUUUCAGAGUUUGAUUAUUGCAAAAUGAAGCAAAUUUCAGAACUACUAUUUAAAUGGAAUGAACCGUUAAAUGAAGCAACAGCCAAACAUGUCCAAGAAUUUUAUAAACUUGAUGCAGACAUCAUCCCAGAACUUAGAUUUUAUCGGCAAUAUGCAAAGCUUAACUUUGUCAUGGAUUAUGAUUGUAUCAACUUCAUCAAUCUUGGCUAUUUGUUUAUCCAGCAUGGUCUUCACAAUAAUAUUCCUUGCAUAUCAAAGCUGUUAUAUAUUGCUUUGUCUUGGCCAGUUACUUCAAGUGCCGAAAACUCAUUUUCUAUACUGCCUCGUCUUAAAACAUAUUUAUGUCAUACCAUGGGACAAGAGAAGCUUAGUGGCCUAGCCCUAAUGGCUAUUGAGCAGGAAUUGGUAAAUAAACUGAUGGAACCUGAAAGACUCAGUGGGAUUGUGGAAAAGUUUAUCCAUCCAAUGAAAGAGAUGUAACACUUGCUAAUUUGAGUUUUACCUAAAAGAAUUUUGUAUUUCUGCUGGAAUGUUUGUUUUUAUUUCAAAAUUUUAUCUCCUAAGAUAAUUUUUUUUUUCACCAGAACAUGUAACAUUCACUUGAUUCAAAAUUCAAAAACCAGAAUGAUGUACAGUGAAAAGUCUCCUUCCCUUUUUUUAGUACCCAGUUCUCCCUGUAGUGUUGUCUGUUUCUCAGAUAUCUUUCUGGAGAUAUUUUUCAUAUAUCAUACUCUGCAGUGCACACUGUUCUUCAACUUGUCUUUUCCACUUAACAUAUUUUUGAGAUUGUCCCAUAUCAGUACUUAAAGGGUUUCUUGAUUUUUUUUCAUAACUGCAUAAAUUUUCGUUAUAUGGAUGUACCAUAAUAUAUUUUAAUAGUCCCUAAUGACAAACAUUUUAAUUCUUCACAAUAUUUUGCCAUUAUACGUAAUGCUGCAUUUAAUAACGUUACACAUAGGUCAUAUUGCACAUGAGUGAGUUAACUCGAAGAUAAAAUUUUAAAUUGGAAUUACUAGGUCAGAAAAUUUAUACAUUUUUAUUCUUGAUAGAUAACUGGCAAAUUGAUUUCUAUAAGAAUUAUGCCAUGCAUGAUGCCACAUCACCAACCAUGUGUGAGAUUGCCUAUUUCCUUCAAUCUGUAUAAACAUUGUUCCCAAACA